UUCUAAUUUGAAUUCGCGCCAAUUUCUGCUGCGUGCAAAUCUGUAGAAGAAAUUAAAAUUAAUUAGUUGUUUGUUUAGUAAUUAACCAAGUUUCAAUACAUUGAUGGUGUUUAAAAUAAUUAUAAAUUAACUUAGCGUUCUCUCGAGGUUUUCGAACAGUCUUGUCUAUAGAAAAAACCUGUUUUUUACUGUUGUGAAGAUAUAUAUUUUCUGCUAGUUAACACCACACCAUACACCAUGUCAAAAGUAAAAUUGCAUUUAAUCGCUGCUGCUUGUGAUAAUAUGGGAAUUGGAGUCAAUGGGGCUUUACCAUGGCGUUUGAAAAAAGAGAUGGCAUACUUCACUACCAUGACAACAAAGGUGGCGGAUCCCACCAAGGUGAAUGCGGUGAUCAUGGGACGCAGAACUUGGGACUGCAUACCGGAUAAAUACCGUCCGCUGUCCGACAGAGUCAAUAUUGUGCUGACACAUAAUGUGGAGAGUGUGAAGGAAAAUGUUCCGGAAGGCGUGGUGGUAGUUCCAGGGCUGGAUGAGGCGGUCAAAUACAUUGAGAGUCGAGAGGACAUCGAGUCGAGCUGGGUUAUUGGAGGCUCUUCUAUUUAUAGGGCAGCCAUGACACAUCCCAACUGCGGUAAAAUUUACCUGACAGAAAUACAGAAGUCCUUCGACUGUGAUACCUUCUUCCCGAACAUAGAUAAGCAGCAGUUUCACCUCGUUGAUGAAGAACAAGUACCCGGAGAAAGGCAGGAAGAAGGAAACAUUAGCUAUUAUUUUAGAGUUUAUAAGAAAUUGUAAAAAUAUACCAAAAAUACGCUAAAAAUUACCGAAUAGCCAUCCUAACAUGAUCUGUCUUACAAGAAAAGAGUUUUUGGAAUAUCAAUUAUGUACUUUCUUCUAUGAAAAGUUAGCUUAAGUAAAAUUUGCAUUUACUAGUUGUGUUCAAAAAUAUAUAUAAUUGUUAUUAUCUCUUUCGCUUAGCGUUGUAUUUAAGUUUUGAAAUAUGCACUAUUAAAAACUUUAAUUGUUAUACAAGGUGUUGAUUUACAUUUGUGAAAUAUUUCAGGAGGUAGACAUAAAAUACGUAAAUAAUCGAUUGGAAUUACAGUAUACGGCAAUUAGCUUAUAUGCGCUGUUUUUUUUUCUCAUUGUAAUGUCGUAGUAUUUCAGAAGUAACCCAAUUUUAUGAAUGAUCGUUGCGUAUGCUUCGUGUUUGUUUUAACAUAUAUUUAAACUGUUGUUUUAAGGCCAGAAACACACUCGCCAAGUGUAAAUACGGCUGGGUGACAUUGAAGGAUUUCAGAAAAAAAAAUUACGCACCAAUUUAUUUUUUUGUUGAUUUGGGUUGAGAAUCAUUAGCAUAAUUACGUCCUUGAAUAUUGCACAGAUGCAAAUCAACACAUUGUUAUGGUACAAGAGCCAAAAUAUGCACUUAAUAUGCACUAUUAAAAUAUUAUUUUAUAUUUACUCCACAUAUGUUUAGAUAGUGGUUUCACAAUUUUCUCAUUAUUUAAGUAAGUUGGUACACAAAAAAUAAAUCACUCAAUGUGGCACAAUGGGACUCAGCUGCCUUCGGUUAGACUGGAAACCAACCCCAACAUAGUUGGGAAAAGACUAAUGUGGACAAAAGUAGCUUAGCUUUUGAAUUCUAGUGCCUAAAAAGUUGCCUUUUGUAAGUCAAUGUAUGUAUAUUAUUAUGUAGAGUAUAAGGCAGCAUUUACAAUUGUAAGUUUUGCACACAUAAUUAACUAGUUUACGAAAUAACCACAUUUACAAAUGUUUACAUUCAAAUUAAAAAGGCUUAUGUUUAACUGAUCACCAGAAAUAGUAACAAAUAGCAGACAAAAAUAGUAAAUGAUCACCAAAAUGAAA